GACAUGGAGAGCAUAGCUGCAGCUGCAACUCCCAAGAUACAAGAGUUCGACGCACAAGGCCUCUCCAAUCUUUGCUGGGCUCUGGGAUGUUCCAAAGUUGCCCACCGGAGUCUCUACAAGGAAGUUGGGCCGAUGGUGGUGUCGAGAGGCUGCAGAUCCUACAGCGCGCAGCAAGUGGCUAACAUCUGCUGGUCGUAUGCUUCCGUGGCCCUCCUCCAUCGGCCACUCUUCGAGGAUGCAGCGAGAUUCGCCACCCUGAGCCCUGGAGACUUUCGGGCAGAAGAAAUUUCCGCACUUGUGUGGUCAAUGGCCAUGCUGGGUUUGCCGAGUGCAGGACUCGUGUCGUCUGCAAAGGCCCUCGUGGGCGCCUCUGCCCGUGAGGCAGCCAACCUCGCAUGGGCAGCUGCAGUGAUGGGAGAGCAUCACGAGGAUCUCCUCAGCGAGGCUGCGAAGUUGUUGGAGGCAGAAGGCGAGGCAGCCCAAGACCUACACUUAGGACAGUGGUAUCUUGCCUACCUUGCGUACGCCCAGGAGGCGAAGUCGAGUGGAGGCGCUGCCUUCUCGGAGCCCUGGCUUCAUCGAAGUCGGAAAGCUGCGACGCGCCGUGCGACCACGCAAAGGGCGGGGUCAUCCAGGCUGCACAGUUCAGUUUCAGAGGAGGUCCGAAGGGUUUGCGGCCCAAACGAGUUGGUAAUAGAUGAGCUACUCGUGGAGCAGUGCAUUGCGGUGGACAUUGCCUUGCCAAAGCUGCGCCUCGUGAUCGAGGUAGAUGGCCCUGUGCACUUUGCCUGCGACGUGGAAAGCGAAGUGCUCUCCCUCCUUGGCCCUUCUCAGCUGAAGAGGAGGCUGUUGUCGCGCCUGGGAUGGCAGGUGCUUUCUGUCGACUGGCGCGACUGGGACGUCCUGGAUCGACCAGGGCGCCGUCGGCUAUUGGAACAUCUGCUUCAGCGAG